GGAAACAGAGACAGAGGCAGAGUCGGAGACAAAGAGUGUCAGAUAGAAAUACAGAAAAAAAAGCACAGCACGUGAAGUUUUGGUAGAUAUAAUUCACUCUGCAGCGGACACCCCACGUCGACAUUUUUCUCUGAAGCAAAGAAAUGAGUAUCUUUCAAAUUCCAUCUUUCCAUCUUACCACAGAAUUACAAGUCCCAGUCCCCCCAACAGGAACACAUCCCAUAAUACAGUGUAUUAUUAACGACAACCUCAAGAAGCUCAAAAAAUUACUUAAGGACAACAACAUUAAUGACGUUUACCCAUGCAGAGAGCGUGAUGACUAUAUAACCCCAUUGAUUGCUGCUGUUGUAAAUCAGAGGGAGGACAUCUGUGCAUUUCUUUUGCAACAAGGUGCAGACCCAAACAAGGCUUCCCAAAGAGGUUUUACACCUUUGCAUUAUGUCUCAAUAUCCAAAGCAUCACUCCUUUUUGUGGAGAAACUGCUUGAAGCAAAAGCUAAUCCAAAUGGAUCAAAUCCAAUACAGCUACUCACACCACUGCAGACUGCUGCCAUCAGUGACCGGGAUGAUGUCGUGAAAGUGCUCAUAUCUGCUGGUGCAUCGAUACAAUUGUUGCCUUUCAUUGAUCCUGAACAUAAUAUUCACAAUGAAAAAAUAUCUCAGAUGGUUCAUAACCUUGCAUUGCAAGGAGAUCAAUUUUGCUCCAAGAUCAGAUAUUUCUUGGAUGUGGUAAUUGCUGUGCAACAGAAAUCCAUUAAAGAAGUGUUCAAAACUUUUCACAGUCACAUGCUGCUGGAGGAACCUCAGACCCAUCUGACCAUGAUUGAAAUACUUUUUAAUGUGAAUGGGCUGAAUGCAGAAAAAUACCGCCAGGGAUGUAUUAAAUGGCUGAAGGACACUGGAAACCUGAACUCCUACAUUGCAGGUGCAGUCAGUCGUUUCCCAAACAUUCCCCAGGAUUAUGUCAUUCAGGCAAUUUCCAGUUUACAUACAGUUUUCUGCACAGUGGAAGACAUACCAAAUGAGCAGGCUUUGGCUAUAAUCCCCCAUCUACUGAAACAGCUUGGCUCAAAAAAGAGACAUGAUACAUGUCAACUUGCUCUGCAAACACUAUAUGUGAUAACACAGAAGACAAAAGACACAAAUGGCUGGGAUCCCAACUUUGUUGAUCAGUUCUGCCAAACAGUUGCUCCUUUUAUAAAGGACCAGCACUCCUCUGACACCAGAGUCUUCACAUACGGCGUAUUUGCAAACUUACUGUCAGUUAAACAUGUGGCCAACAUCUUUCCAUCAGUGGGGAUAACUUCAGUACCUGAGGACAUACUGACAUCUGCAGACAUGAAAAUGAAUGACAAGCUGAAAGAGGUGCUCAGACGACUGAAAGAUCAUUUCAGCAAAGCAAACUCAGAAUGUGAAGACUCUAAAGCAUCACCUGGAUCCAAGAGAAAGAAGAAAAAGAAGAAGAAAAACAAGGAAAACUCAGAAAAGCAAGAAAAACAAAUCGAUGAAGUUUGCAAUGGCACAAUUGAUCUUACAGCAGCUCCUAUCAUGGAGUCAACUUUGAAUAUGCAGCCAUUCCACAUCAACACCACCAUGUCAUCAGUAAAACACAAAUGGGAAGAAAUCAGCAAGAGAGAAGGAAGGUGGAGAGAACAAUUAGAAAAACUUCUGAGCACUGAUGACAGUAAAGUCACCAGAGCUGGGAGCAUGAGUUAUGUGAACGAUGCAGAGUUCCGCAUAGCGAAGGGAAGUGAUGGCACUGAAGUUUUCUUGGGGCUGAGAGAUGACGGCACUGAAGUUGCUAUUAAGAGAAUGUCCAAAUGCAACUAUCAGGAGCUGAAGAAUGAGGAAGGAUUCCUGCGACUUCCAGAGCUGGAUCAUCCAUCUAUUGUACGAUACAUUGACUUUGCAGAGGAUGAGAACUUUGGAUAUCUUGGUCUUCAACUGUGUGAAUACACCCUGGAAGAAUACAUUAAGAAAAAAGAUGGUGGUCUGCUGAUAAAGAAACUUAUUUAUGAGGUACUUGAGAGUUUAAAGGUGCUUCAUUGUCAAAGUCCUCCAAUUCUCCACCGGGAUCUCAAACCACAGAAUGUUUUGAUCGAUGUUAACAGGAGGGCAAGAUUAGCUGAUUUUGGCAUAAGCAGACGGUUACCCAUGGGACAAACAACUCUACGCACAGGCAGUGCAGGAACAAAAUGCUGGAUGGCCAAGGAGACUUUAGAAGGAAGACCUGACACACCAUACAAGUGGAGCACUGACAUACAGGUGGCAGGGAUGCUGGUUUAUUAUAUCCUCUCUAGAGGACACCAUCCUUUUGGUGACAUACCCUUUGAAUGUGAGUACAACAUUCAUAAAGGGAGCUACACUUUAAACCAUGUGCAAGAUGUGGUGGCAAAGGAUCUCAUCGAGUGGAUGAUCAACAAAGAACCAAAGAGCAGACCUAAGGUGGAAGAAUGCUUGAGUCACCCCUUCUUCUGGACCGAUGACAGGAAAGUUGAAUACUUGAUAAAGAUUGGAAACAGGAAGGAGGCUGAAAACUGUCGAAAUGCUGACCAGGAACUGAUCUCUUCACUGGAAAAAUGUGCUGAGGAUAGAUCCUUCCAACAGUGGAGAGAUAAGUUUCCACCAGAGUUGCUCCAGAAGAUGGAUGGCAAGAAGAAACCCUAUCCUGCAAACACAUUUGGGUUACUGCGCUUCAUACGAAACCUCCAUGAGCACUAUGAGGAAGAUGCAGCCCAAGUUGAUUUGAUGAAGAUGUUUCCUGAUCUCUUUGGAUGUGUUUACAAGUUUGCCAAGACCCGAGGAUGGAAUUCAGAGACACCUUUAAAGCAACUGUUUCAAAGAGAAGACAUCACCACCAGCUUCACAAAGCUGUCCAUAAGUCCUGAGGAGAAUCUGACUGUCCCAGUUCAAGAGUCUCAAUCCAGUGACCUGAAAGUUGAAAAGGACACAAGUUGAAAUCAAAAAAGAUCAAGGACUUCAAAAUGACUUUAGAGUCUUAUUAACAGUCAAAAGUUUGUAUUAACAACAAGCAGUUCUGAUGUCAUAUGGUCCUUUCUGACAGUUAUAGUGUAUCGCCCAUAUGUCAAGGUUUUAACAGCACAGGGCAACAAGACUGCACAAAAAACCAAGUGCCAUGGGUCUUUUUCACACCUGACAUUAUCAGACUCAUAAAAGGAAAAGCACAGUUGUAACAAAUAACAUUAACAAAGGCUGCCCUCUAUUGAAGUGUCCCAGUAAGCCAUGACAAUGUGACCAACACCAGGGGGGUAUUCCAGAAAGCGGGUUUAGUGAAAACUCUGAGUAUGUUAACCCUGAAAUGAGGGAAACUCUGGGUUUUCAGUUCCAGAAAGAGAGGUAAAUCAAACUCUGAGUCAAUCACCAUGGCAGUUGACUCUGUGAACAUAACCUGCUUGACGGCAGGUUUUCAUUAAGAAACCCUGAGUUUUUCUCUGUCUCCUCCCUCUUACACGCUGUUUCAUUUCCUCAUUCAUUCAGUCCGUGUCAAAGCUUGUAUCGAAGUGCAUUAAUUAGCGGAGAUUUACCGUCGGUCACAGUCUAAAUCCUGUUGGGUAUUAGUUUGUUACUCAGGACUGUCUUAAGUUACUGAAUUUAUGCACAUCAAUCAUUUCUUUUUCGCUUUUUGUCUUUACAUUCAAAUAUUACACAACGAGAAUUCACCCUCAGCUCAGAAUCAAACCUCUGUCCUUUUAUAUUUAUUAUUUUUUAUAACACUGUGCACAAGGAUCAGACUGUCAGUCUGUUAGAGCAGCUCCCAAAUGUUUAUUGCACAUAAUGUGUAGGUCUAAUUAUUUAAAUUUUAAAAAUUGGUAUGAAGCUUUAGACCAUAGCUUUAGACACGUAGUAUCAAUGACUAAUGAUCUCUAUCACUGAUGUCAUUGGUCGCACUGAUGGAACAUAAUUCCUAUAGCCUAAUAUUGGGGAUUAUAUGUUAAUAUUUCUGAGUGAGCAAUGAUGCAGCAUUUCAGCGUCUUUAAAUUUACUACAUUUGUGGCUGAAAUAAAGUCACUGAAUGCUGUUGAGUCAAGAUACAAAUAGAUGUGCAACAUUUUAAAAUCUGUAUUUUAACCUCAACGUCUUUUCAAGUGCAAAUCACCAAACAUAUUUUUACUGGGUCAGACUGUGAGUUUACAGUCAUGUCUUUAUGUCUUUGAUCUAUAGCCUAGCCUAUAUGUUUUAAAUCUUCCUAUUUUUCAGUUGCUGCCUCCUGUGUGUUUCCCCAUCAGGUUAAAUCUGUACAAAUAUAUUAAUAUAUAUGAUUAAUAUAAUGUAGCCUAAUGUAUCUACAGCCUGAUACACAGUCAGAUUCCACCACUUUAUCUUCAUUAAGGAAAUGUAAGUCUAAUAAUUGAUGAAUAAACGGACAACACCGAAUAAAACUUUUUUUUAAUUAACUUUAUGGUUAACUUAUUUACACUUCGCUCUGACUCAGGCUCUUGUUUUAAAGAUAAACGUGCACCGUCUGCGACACAUGCAUUAAUAUCUCUACAUCCACUGGAUUAAAAUGGAGGCGCUGUCUUUUAUUUACCUGUUGCCAUGAUGAAUCAUGGAGUUGGAGCUCCACUGAUGAUGGCUUUUUAUUGUCGGCUUAACUGAACAUACUCAGAGUUGACUGAACUAACUCAAAUCAGCUGUUCUGGAACCGGUUAUAAGAUACUGUGCAGUCGUUUAGUUUUAAGGGACUUUCUUUUUACUUUUUACUUAUUUUGAGGAAUUGUUCUUGACCAUUAAUAUUAUUAUUGUUACUAUUGUUAUGUUUGACUUUUUUUGUUUAUAUUUUACUGCUGAUAUAUUUUUGCUGAUAUAUGUGUACAACAUUCAUAAAGGGAACUAUAGUUUGGAUCAUGAUCAUGUUCUGCAACACUGACAGGGAACAUUAGAAUAAUUUGUUAUCAAGGCCAAUAAAUUGUAAUUCAAACAAUUUGCUAUUAUUUCUAUGUUUUGUAGUUAGCAUAGGCCUCAUACGCUGGUGUGAGAGGCUGUUAUUUUUGGCACGGUUUCUUCUAAAUGCUAACACAAGCAUGCUAACAUGCUGAUGCUUCCACACUGACCCACAUCACACCUAUAUUCAUGCCAACAUCAGUUACUGCAAAUGUCUGCUCCUUCAAUUUUUC